ACACACCACACACACACACACACACGAACACACACCCCAUACACAAGUUUCUGGAUGGGAUCAGGUGCUGGUCCAGCCUUUUAGGAAGGAUCCCAGGGUCUCAAGAAGCAAAUGACAGUUUUGGACAGGUUCUUCCCUGAAAUGCACAUGCAUGCAUACACAGGCCUGCAAAUGUCAGCUUCUGGGCUCUUCUGAAGGGAUCCCUGUCCCUUUAGGAAUGAGUCUCAGAGGAAGUGAGUAGAGUUGAGGGUACAGAGAGAGCCCAUUCUUGCUGCAUCAUCCUAGCUUUGUCAAAGGUUCAGGAACCAACUGAGUCAUAGUCAGAUAUCUUUGGAAUGCUACUGGGUCCCUGAGGACCCUAGACAGGCAGGCAGCUGUGCUGUGCUGGACCCAUAGAGAGCCACCAUCUCGGCCUGUGCUGAUGGCCUUUUGUUCUGGAGCUGUGUCUUUCUAUCCAGUCAGCCCACAUUUGGCCAUCAUUCUUUCCUGCCCCACAGCCUCCUUCCCUGACUUCAUUCCAAAGCUCUCUCACCCCUCCCUUCAAUGCUAAGACUUUAUACUCCGAUAGGGGCAGGGACCCUCAGGUCUGGAAGAGCAACUUUUGGAAGCCAAAAUAAGACAAGGUAUUAGAACCAAUUCUCAACAGGUAAAUGUUAAAUGUGUACCUAGCAUGCCAGUGGUCCUGGUAAGAUUCCCUGAACCAUAUAUGCACACAUACACAAGCACACACAUGCAUGCCCACCAUGGAAAAUCCUCCCCACCUAGCAUACCCCAUAUAGUGGGGAACUCAACCCUGUUCUCUAUGAGAAGAGCUCAUGUCUGUCAACCUCAUUUAUUACUCUGCCUGAACAGCAAGCCAGUGUUGAUGCCCAACAACUCUGGGCCACACUUUUGGUUCCAGAAACCCAUUACUCAUGCGGUCCGAGGAGUUAACCUGCAACCUCGUGCCAGGCAUGGGUGGGGGGAGGGGGCAAACACAGUUGCUCCCAACAGGCAGUGACAACAUUGUGGCUAAAGGAAUAAUAACCCAAUUCUUCUCACAAGGGACAGCCGCCUCAUAGACUUUAUUUAUCCCAGUGGCCUCUGCUGGUUUCCGUCUGGUGAGAUGAGCAAGACACAGUGGUCAAGCACAAAGACCUGAGUCUGGUAGCCAGGCUGGACAUAAAAUGGUCUCUGUUCCGGAACUGCACAAAGGAUGGCUGGUCAGAAACCUUCCCCAGGCCUGACCUGGCCUGUGGGGUCAACAUGAAUGGCUCCUUUAAUGAGAGACGGUGCUGGUAAAGGGACCUGCCAACAGCCGUUGGAACACGGAGGUGGAUGGGACCAGUCCUGCCUCAAGCCACUGCCAUUGGAAUACAGAAGAAUCAGCUCCAUCGAGGUGGGCAGGAGGCUGCACUGCACUCGCAACUACAUCCACAUGCACCUGUUUGUGUCCUUCAUCCUUCGCGCCCUGUCCAACUUCAUCAAGGACGCCGUACUCUUCCCCGCAGAUGACGUCACCUACUGUGAUGCCCACAGGGCAGGCUGCAAGCUGGUCAUGAUCUUCUUCCAGUACUGCAUCAUGGCCAACUACGCGUGGCUGCUGGUGGAGGGCCUCUAUCUUCACACGCUCCUGGCCAUCUCCUUCUUCUCAGAAAGGAAGUGCCUGCAGGCAUUUGUGCUCUUCGGAUGGGGUUCUCCAGCCAUUUUUGUUGCUUUGUGGGCUGUCACCAGACACUUUCUGGAGGACUUUGGAUGCUGGGACAUCAACUCCAACGCUUCCAUCUGGUGGGUCAUUCGAGGGCCUGUGAUUCUGUCCAUCGUGAUCAAUUUCAUCUUUUUCAUAAACAUUCUAAGAAUCCUGAUGAGAAAACUUAGAACUCAAGAAACAAGAGGAAAUGAAACACACCAUUAUAAGCGCCUGGCCAAGUCCACCCUCCUGCUGAUCCCUCUCUUUGGCAUCCACUACAUUGUCUUCGCCUUCUCCCCAGAGGGUGCCAUGGAGGUCCAGCUGUUCUUUGAAUUGGCCCUGGGCUCCUUCCAGGGGCUGGUGGUAGCUGUCCUUUACUGCUUCCUCAAUGGUGAGGUGCAGCUGGAAGUUCAGAAAAAAUGGCGCCAGUGGCACCUCCAAGAGUUCCCGCUGCGCCCUGUGGCCCUCAGCAACUCCUUCAGCAACGCCACCAACGGCCCCACCCACAGCACCAAGGCUGGCACCUCUGAGCAGAGCCGGAGCAUCCCCGGGGCCAAUGUCAUCUGAGGCUGCAGCAAGCCAGCAGCAGACAAAGGGUUGGAUGCUCGGUAGGAUGGACAUCGGCCAGGUAGCCAUUUUGUGUUCGAGUGGCUGCACAGGCCUGUCCCCGAGGUCUGAGCUUCCUCAGAGAUCAAGCAAGAGGAGACUAGGUCAUCCUGGAGCAGGAAACAGGCCUGGGAUUUGGUCUUUCUAGUUCUUCUAAGAAGAGCACUUCAGCGGCCCCAGAAGGGGCAGAGAAAUAAAAUGACAUCCAGAAAAGCCUA